ACGAGCCCAAACACAGUAAAACCCUAGCCAGUGGUCUAAGUAUAUAUUCAUAUUUAUGCUUGUUUCAUAUCAUGUUCUCUCGACCCCAAGGAGAUAAUCUGAGAUCUUGAUCAAGUGUAGGGUUCAGGAGCGAACAUGACUUUCAAGCGAAGGAAUGGUGGAAGAAACAAACAUGGUCGUGGCCAUGUGAAAUUUAUCCGCUGUUCCAAUUGUGGUAAAUGUUGCCCUAAGGACAAGGCCAUCAAGAGAUUUUUGGUGAGGAACAUUGUCGAGCAAGCGGCGGUGAGGGAUGUUCAGGAAGCCUGUGUCUAUGAUGGCUACACUCUUCCCAAGCUCUACGCCAAGAUGCAGUACUGUGUCUCCUGUGCAAUUCACUCUCACGUUGUGAGGGUUCGUUCCAGGGAAAACAGGAGAGUCCGUGAGCCUCCACAGCGUUUCAGACGCCGGGAGGACACUGCUAGGCCCGGUGGUGCACCAGGUCAGGCAGGGCAACGCCCAGCAGGAGGAGCCCCAGCUGCUGCUCGCACUUGAACAAAGUGACAUGCAAGGCUCCUUUUCCUCAAGCCUCUUUUCGUUCGAGGCUUUAGUUAUUUAUUGGAUGUUACAUUAAAGUCUUUUGGUUUCCUAAUUCAGUUCCCUAUGAGAGACUUCAAUAUUAGUGUCUUGUGGAUUUUUGUUUCAAUUUUGCUAGUGUUCUUGUUAUUGGUUAAUGAAUUGAAAUUACAAUUUACAAGUUAAUUCAAGAAAUUCUCCGUGCUCUUGCAUA